AGUCUGCGUACUCUCACAGUUUGUCCAAAGGCCCAGAUCAACCCCGUUAAAGCUAGUUUGAGAAGGCUACCGCCAGCACUAUGCCUAUGAUCCUGGGAUAUUGGAAUGUCCGUGGUCUGACACAAUCCAUCCGCAUGCUCCUGGAAUACACAGACUCAAGUUAUGAGGAGAAGAAAUACAAAAUGGGGGACGCUCCUGAUUGUGACCAAAGCCAGUGGCUGAAUGACAAAUUCAAGCUGGGCCUGGACUUUCCCAAUCUGCCCUACUUAAUUGACGGGCCCCACAAGAUCACCCAGAGCAAUGCUAUCCUGCGCUACAUUGCCCGCAAGCACAACCUGUGUGGGGAGACAGAGCAAGAGAGGAUUCGUGCCGACAUUGUGGAGAACCAGGUCAUGGACCACCGCAUGGAGCUCAUCAGGCUCUGUUACAACCCUGACUUUGAGAAGCAGAAGCCAGAGUUCUUGAAGACCAUCCCUGAGAAGAUGAAGCUCUACUCAGAGUUCCUGGGCAAGCGGCCAUGGUGUGCAGGGGACAAGAUUACCUAUGUGGAUUUCCUCCUCUAUGAUAUUCUUGACCAGCACCGUAUAUUUCAGCCCCACUCCCUGGAUGCCUUCCCAAACCUGAACGACUACAUGGCCCGCUUUGAGGGCCUGAAGAAGAUAUCUGACUACAUGAAAAGCAGCCGCUUUAUCUACAAACCAUUCUAUGUAUCGCUGGCCUAUUGGAACCCAAAAUAGGACUACAAAACCCAGACCUCUGGGAAUAUUCAUGACCACCCUGCUGGCUCUGGCUCUUGGCCAUGGCUGUGUGUCCCCACCAAAUAUUGUUUCCGUCUACUUUUUGUUUCUUUUUUUUUGUUGUUUGAUUUUUCGAGACAGGGUUUCUCCAUAGCUUUUGGUUCUUGUCCUGGAUCUAGCUCUUGUAGACCAGGCUGGCCUCGAACUCACAGAGAUCCGCCUGCCUCUGCCUCCCGAGUGCUGGGAUUAAAGGCGUGCGCCACCACCGCCCGGCUUCCGUCUACUUUUUACUCCCGAUUCCUCCAUUUCUUCUUACAAGCCCUUCCUUCAGUCAAGCCUCUGGAUCCUUGGACUCCCCAUUUCUUCAUCGGUCUCCUGCUCCUAUUCCUUUGCCCUGCCCUGCAUCCAGCCUUUCCUCCUUGCUGCUUGGAGGAAUGUACCAGACCCCAGAAUCCCCAGUAAGGCCUGAGAGAUCAGACCUGCCUGUGUGCUGGCCCUGGUCUUCAGAGUGAGCAACUGAGCCCUGUCUCAUCCCCAGUAAAGUCUGAAUGACA